AUGGCGGCUGAGGCGUACGACAAACCUAACCGUCGACCGCUGAUCAUUGGCGUGACAGCGCCGCUUCUGGUCAUGUCCAUUACAUUCGUUGGCAUCCGUUUCUAUGGCAAGGGCGUUUUGCGCAAAAUCAUCCGUGCCGAUGACUGGAUCAUCCUGGCCGCCUCGAUAUUCUCCAUCGCCGUGUCCGCGAUGCCACUUAUAGCGCUGAAGUACGAUCUCGGGUUCCGCCUCGUGGAUGCAGACCCGGCGAAUCUUGUCCACAUGUCGAAAAUAGUCUACGCGAACGAUUUGCUCUACCCCACAGCGGUCGGCCUCACCAAGGUGUCCAUCUGCUUCUCCUACCUGCAUCUCUUCCCCAGCCACGGCAACAAGAUCUUCUGCUAUACCAUGACCGGCUUUGUCACGCUGUACAGCGUUCUUUGCUUGCUUCUCUCCCUGCUCGAGUGUCAGCCUCUAGAAGCGGUCUGGGAUCAUUCGAUAGAGGGGCGGUGUCUGAAUGCGGACGUCACCGUAUACGUCGGAGCUUCGUUGAACAGCGCCAUCGAUCUGGUCGUCUACCUCUGGCCUGUCCGACCCCUCUGGAAGCUCCAGCUCCCAUCACAGCAGCGCUUCGGCCUCGUAGCACUGUUUUCGGUUGGACUGGUCGUCUGCGUGGUCGGCAUCCUCCGUAUCUAUUAUCUGUCACAACUCAUGGCCAGUGCGGACUUUCUGUGGAACGGGGUGCCCAUCUGGGUCUGCUCCACGCUUGAGGUGAACCUUGGCAUUAUCUGCGCUUGCCUGACCGGCGUCAAGCCCGUCAUGGCGAUUUUGUUCCCGUCCAUCUUUGGCUCGUCGCAGAAGAGCCACGGAAACUCUCGCUCAUAUACGCAGUACGGCCAGCGGACCGGACGCGGAACGACCAACGCCGAGUCCUUUGCUUUCGAGCAGCUGUCUUCCGCCCAGCGGGAUCAGUACUCGAAGAGAUCACCGGGCGACGACAAGUCGGAAGAGUUCGAGGUAAUCGCCGGCAAGCACGCCGAGGACCAGCCCAAGAACGGCGUCUGGGUCAGCAUCUCCAACCAGAAAGGGCCGGACCAUCGUGUGCCGGCCAACGCCAUCGGCGUGAGCUCAGAGGUUACUGUCAAUAACGAGGCUGUGGACAUUGCGGCGCCGAGGACCGUGACCGUCAAGCCCUCGGAUGCAGGUAGUGAGGAAUGGAUCUUUAAUGAGGAGGACGACCCAAAGACGACGCGGAACAAGUAA